AUGGACAACAACCUUCGAAAGGUGUUUGGAAACAAAGUGUUGCGAACGACAGUCUUCCAACAUCUCUGUGAUAUUCACAAACGAUGGAUCAGUCUAUCAUCACUCAAACAACAACAACAACAACAACAUGAUCAAGAACGAGAACAAUCAUGGAUGAUAAAGUCAACGAUCAAAGGUGACAAGUUGUUGGCAGAAGGCAGUCUUGCACGAUUUCUCAAGUUCAACGCGACUGAAUGGUUCAUCAAAGCAUUCGACAGCUUUACACCAAAGUGUCACCAACUCACAUCACGUCUCCUCUUUAAAUCAUUCAAAUAUAACAAUAUCCGAGCAUUCAAUCAUAUACUUGACAAUACCAACACUGAUCUUGAUGAUGAUAUCACACCCAGCCAGCUGACAAACAUACUCAAACAUGGCAAUGUUCAAAUGUUUGAACGAUACAUCAGUAUGCACUCUGCCCGCUCAUUCCAGAUCAACAGUAUCAACCACCUCAUGUUUGCCAUCAACAGUGGCAAUGUGAACUUUGUUCGUCUGCUGCUCCAACACAAAUGCUACCAUAACGAUCCAGAUAUGUACUUUGAAGAAGAUGUCGAUCCUCAAGAGUUCAAGCGAUCUGGUAUCAAUGUCGACAUGCUCACAAUGUUGCACAAGGAGUAUGGUCUGCUCUAUCUCCAUGACCUGUGGGCAUUGGCACUCAAACAAUCCACACACCUCAACGUGACCGACAGUGUACGAUACAUCAUUGAACACUUGCCAAGUGAUUUGACCAUCCUAUGUUCGGCCCAUAUUGGUCUACUCGUUGAGUUCAUUGCCAAACCAAGCCACUUUGCCAUAUUCAAGGUGUUCUUCAGAGUGCAACAGUUUGCUAAAACCAUCAUAACAAACAACUUGUUGGUGCACAUGGCAGCUGACAAUGGACAUGAUGAGUUGUUCAAGUUCCUUGAUGACAAUGGACCACUACCAACAUCUUUGAUGAAGUACGUCGACAGAGUCAAUGGCUUCAAGGUCAAGAUCACACCAUUGGCAGCUAUACGCACAGGUGAUUUGGAUCUCACGGAGGCAAUGAUCGCUCAGGUUGACCACAUUGACCUGUACACUUGGACACACAUGUCAACAUCGAUGGCCACUCUCUUGUCCAACCGUCGUCACAAUCCUCCAAAGUUAUUCAAUCUUCAUUCCCUGUGCGAAAUGAUUGAGUGCUUUGGACUCCAGCCAGAUCACCCCAUCACCGAGCGAAUGGUACUCAACUUCAUUGACAACUGUGAUCCUGCAGAAGAGAUGGGCAACAUAUCGAGAGCAUUCGACCUCGCAGCACGACAUUCAGUCAAGAUCCUACAGCAUAUCAUUGUCACAUUCAAGAUACAUAACAUCAAUGAGCAAAUGUUCAUGAGUGUCAUCCAGAAUGACAACUACGAUGUCCUGUCACACAUCAUUCAAUCAACACCCAAGGAUCAACUCGAAGAAUUGUCACAAAUAUAUGAUGUUGAUACUGCAAUCAAUGAACUCAUCUCAAGAGCUCCAUUGAGUGUGGUAUCAAUGAUGUUGGACAACUUAUCAUCAAUCAGAGAGAAUAACACAACAUGUCUAUGGGCAUUGGUCAACCCAUCACUGGAAGUGUUCCAACAUGUCAUUAAGCUGUUCCCAAUCGAUCAGAUUAUGGAGUUGACUGGUGAUAUAAUGUCUCAUGCAUCGGACAAGGAUAAGCCAGAGGUACUGCGCAUAAUGGCUCAACUCUUAAAGGACAAUGGACGUACUAUCCCCUUGCCCACACUGGAUUGGCUUGAGACUCUAGCACUACUCAAUCGAUACAAUGUGCUAGAGUAUUACUUUGGCACAUCACAGUUCAACAGUCUUCCAAAGAUACAUCGAUUGAGAACACUCAACUCAAUGAUCUACCAUUCACUCUUAAAUGGUAACAUACGGAUCCUCAAUCAUUGUUCAUCACUCAUCCAGGACAUCCAGAACAACAAGAAAAGGAGUCAUGAUGAGUCGUACCUGGGAGAUAAUUUUGGCAAUGUUGCCAUGCCCAACCAUGCCACACCAAGAUUGGAGACAGCUGCACACUCAGUGUUCAUUGACAGGAAGUUGAUGACAAUGAUAAUGAAUCACAUUGUUGAUAUUCAUCAGAAUCAUAUUGGUGUUGACAAGGACAAACGAAUCAAAGGUGGUCAUUUGCUUGCAAACAACAGUUUGGAGAGAUUCAUAGUUUAUGGUGCAUCUGAAUGGUUCCACCGAGCACUUCCAUCACUCGAUCGAUCCACUCCAAAUGGAGAGUUACUUGGUUUGGCACUUCUCCACCCAAACACCUCCAUUUUGAACACUCUUCUCGCCGAUCCAAUGAUGGUCUUUCAAGCCUCUGUUAACAUGGUCGAAGAAAUGCUUCAAAUGAUUCGACAUCCAUCAAUGAUACGCAAACUCCUCCAACUUGGAUUCAAGUUCUCAACUGAUGAGGAUGAUGACAAUUCGGAUGUGCCGCUAAUGAUCAAUGGAUGGCUCAACAAACCUUGGGCAUUGGAGAUGUUCCAGCUGCUGCAUAAGAAAUCAAUAUUGUCCGAGGAUGAGCUUCUUUCAUUGUUCAACGAAUCGAUCAAACUCAACAACACUCCAGUCAUUCAAUAUUAUUUGGAUACAUGCUUUGGUCUUGUAGUAGAGAGGCUCAACGAUGGAGAUCACGAUGACUCUAGCCAUGUGAUUUCAGAACUUAUUGAAUCCUGUCUCCAUUCUGGAUGCAAUUCAUCAACGUUGAACAUGGUGCUUCCACACAUUCCUUUACAAUUCCUAACAGUGCUGGAUGGAGAUGACCUAGCAAAGAGUGCUUCAAAGAGAGGAAACGUUGAUAUCCUCAACCUGUUGGUUGACCAAUAUACUUCGAAAUGGUGGACUUUAAUGCAAGCCCUACCAACAGCCCUUGAGUAUAAUGAGAACAUGGACCUAAUCAACCACAUCCUCAAUGCCAACAUCACCGAUGCUCAUAUCUACGAAGUCAACAGCAUCAACCCAUCCAUAUUGUCAAUGGAUCUCAUUCAGCGAUUGAUGGCAAACGAUAGCAUCGAUUGUGACUUUGGCAAAGUGUUGGGCGAUUCCAUCAAGAUUGGAAACAAUGAAAUCAUUGACUUUAUAACACGAAAUGAGAAGGGAUUGUUCAAAACUGACUAUCAACAUGUCUUUAUUGCUGCACUGUCCAUUGGUGAUAUCAACACUGCCAGGAUGGCCAUCAGCUCACCUCACUUCCAAAAGGCAGAGAAAGCGACCAGACAUCAGUUCAUUCAAUAUCUUGGAUCAGACAAACAAUUCAUUCUAAUUAAUGACGACUUUGAAUUGUUUGUCAAGGUGUUAUUCGAACGAUUGUCAAAGACAGAUGAACUCUCCAGUUUAUUGUUAUCAGUGGGCAGUUCAACAUCACGUGUCAAGAUAAUCAUUGAUCAUUGUUCUAGAAACAAAUUGUUUGCUAGAGAUGGAAACAUAGAGUCAUUGGACCUGAUCAUUCAGUUUGUCAUCUCUGCCGGAUGUGAGACUCAAGACGCCGUCCCAUCAGGGAUAUCCAAUGCCAGAGUGAUCACACACUUCUUGGACAAGGGAUAUAUCAAGCUCGAGGAGGACAACUCCAAUGGUUAUCUAGCACGAAUGGUGGAUUGGGCCUGCAAGAAAGGUCAUGUCGAUGUGAUCAAGGCCAUUCACCAACGAUGCACAACACCACUUCAACUCUUCAAUCACAUGCCAUCAACCAACAUAUUGAUCAACAAAGCAGCAUGCUUCAAUCAUCAUCAAGUGCUCUCAUAUCUCUUUGAGGAUGACAUUGAACACGGUGUAUGUUCACCAUUCAAACGCGCAUCCAAGCACAACAAAAUGAACAUCGCCAACUCUUUGACUUUGAUCGGACUGGCUGCCAAACAAAUUGGCAAUUUUAAGAUCGUCGACAUGUGUAAUCGUCUAAGGUUAGCCAACUCAUCCAAUUAA